GUUCUUCGGAUCCAAAUAUUUUACCCAGACUUACUUUUUUCUACUGAUAUAAAGAAAAAUAAAUAAAUGUAAAACUAAUAUGUUUGGCUUAUGUUUACAUACAAUACAUAAUUAUUGGACCAUACUUUAAGAAUACCAAUAAAAAUAGUUGGGCGUCGUGUCAAUAUUUUUGGGCAUGUUACAAAAUUGACGUAGUUUAUAACCAAUAACAUGUACUUUCUUACAAAAACAUAUUGGUAUAUAUAAUAAAAACAUGAUAAAAUCGAUUGAAAUAGGUUAGAAUUGAAAUAAUGUGAUCACUUCAUUUGGUACAUGAAUUCUGUUUUUCAAUCGAUUUCGAGAAUUUUCUUUUCUUUUAAAGCUUUUUGAUUUCUAAUUUUUUUUCUAACAAUAUGAUUAUGUUUCUAAUUCUUGGUUAUGAAAACUCUGUAAAGAAAAAUAAUACUUGGCUAAACUAAAGAUCCAACUUUGUGUGUGGUAUUUUUCACCUCAGUUUCCUUAAUUCAUAACUAAUCACAAUUAUUUGUUGUUUUCGUAUGCAUAAACCUCAACCAUGGCCAAGUUCGGCAAAUCCGAAACUUUCAAUUUCUAAAAACAUUCUAAUUCCAUCAUUUUAGUUGAUGUGAAUCUUAAUGAUUUUGUAAUUUAUUUCUUUCAACAAUGAUAUUAUUCAGUUCUUGUCCGGACAUAACUUCAAUUCAUUAAUACAAACAUUAAAAAUCCAAAAACUAUAAAUGAUGUGAUUAAAAGAAAUUAGUAUGUGAACACAUUAAAUUGUCUGCGAUAAAGUUAAGAAAAUUAGUAUGUGAACACAUUAAUUGCUAAAUGCCUACGAAGAUAACACGUAAGCAUUCUAAAAUUGAAAUGAUUGUGAGGAUAACAAGUGUCAAUGUGUGUGUGAACACAUUUAUUGCAAAUGCUUCUCUUUUAAUAUAUAAUAGAUUGGCUAUCCCUACAAAAUGUAGCUUAAAAGCUCGGCUAUGAACUAUAUUAAUGAACAAGGAAAAUAAGAGAUGUAAUCAAUUGUUUACAGAGUAAGGCUCGCCCAAAACGAAGCAUUGUGUAACUUCUUCACUUCUUUGGUUCCAUAGUAUUUUGUAGACAAUGCUUAUGAGCAUAUAUUAGAAAAAUAUAGCUUGUUAGAAGAUAUAUUCUCUGAUGUGUCUAAACCUCGAUUCAACCACUAAAAAAAGGUCAAACAAAGAAGAUAAUGAGAGCAUGGAUGAUCCAGCUGAUGGAGGAGCUCUAGCCAUAUCUGAAGGUCCUAUGACUCGAGCCAGAAGCAAGCAACUCAAAAAAGCCAUUGGAGGAUUACUUAAGACAUCACUUAAACAAGAAGAGAGUCUUUGAAGAAGUUUGAUCAACCAAGACACACUUACCACAAUUCAAGCCAUCUCAGCUCCAAGAUAGACAUCAAAUGAGCAAAUCAGUCGCCUAGGAGAAUCAAGAGAUCAUUCAUCCCUCUUGUGUCACCAUUCGAUCCACAUACCUUGAGAAACUUGAGUCUUUUGAUUCGUUUCUGCAAGGAUUAUCCCAUCUGUUCCAGAGCAUCAUCCUAGGAUCUCAUUAUGUGGUACCAUGGCAGGAGAUCAAAAAGGAGAACUCAGCAAGAAGAAAGAAAAGCUUUUUCUUGAAGAAUUCACAGCCAGUCUGGAUAAAGCCUGCAAAGAUCAAUUGAGAAAAUUCAGACAAGACAUACAGCAGCAAAGGAAAGGCAGAUCAUCCAGAGAUGAGUACAAGAAAAGGGAGUUUGAUCAGAUGGACAGAAACCGGAAGCAUGCUGGAUUGAAAUAUCAAAUUCCUUCUUUUCAUGGUAAGGCUGAUCCUGCUGCAUAUGUGGAAUGGGAAGAGAAGAUGGAGUUGAUUUUCGACUAUCAAAGCUAUGCUAAAGUAAAGAAGGUUCAAUUAGCCACUGCUGAGUUUUGUGGUUAUGCUUCAAGCUGGUGGAAUCAAUUGGUGUCGUCUAGGAGACACUAUGGAAAAGAACCUGUUGCAACCUGGCUCAAAUUGAGGGCUUUGAUGAGUCAUAAGUAUGUUCCAAGACAAUACCACAAGGAAGUACUUCGAAAACAGUCUGAAACAAAGCCAUGCUCUUCAAACUCAGUCCAGGAACAACAAGGCAGAAUGAGAUCAAGUUCAACCAGUGUUAUUGGUUUACCUAGCAAGACAACGAGCUGGUUCAGUGAGGAGGACAUAAAGAAGUUGUCUCAGGUGAUUAUGGAUGUGGAGAAACAAUUCAGGGAUACCCAUACUACACGUCCAUCCUUAGAAGAACAGAACCAGGAGUUAAUCACUUCAGUCUCAGAACUUAAUUCAGCAGAGCCGGUAUCAACUACCUCUAUUCAAGGAGAUCAAGCCAAAGAAUCAUCAGUUGCCAUUCAGAAAGAUGAGCAGCCUGUUCAGAACGUCAUGGUUCCUUUCAAACAAGCCAUAGUACCAGAAGAGACACCCAGGGAACCACAGACAGCUUGCAAAAAGGGACAACUGAUUGUCUUUGAUCCGUGUGAUCUCCAAAAGACAUUCUUGGAUACUUUUCUGAUCCAUCUCUUUGUCUGGAACAAGACCAGAGCAGUAGAGCUUUCAAGACACGAACUGGGCAUGGAACAUGUUGUAUUUGAGCCUGGAGGAGAUUUGUGGAAUCACAGGAACAAUCCCAUAGUGAUUGAGAAGAAAUCGGCAGCAACAACAAUUGUUUUUGGUGAUCUUUUACCAUCUGAAGUUAAAGGGAUGCACGUCUCAGCUCAGCAAGAGUUUCACUACGAAACCAAUUGGAGAAUGUUACCCACUCUUUCCUGGAUCCAACAAACCAGACAACGCAAUUGGGCUGGAAGGUUACAGAUCUACUUGUGAAAACCUGGACCAUAUGACAGCAUACUUAUCAUCCCUGGAGAGUGCUCUGCUCGUGCUAGAACCAGCUUGGGUAAUAAAGAGUUGGAAGCUGAUCAAAAUGUCUUGCUUCUUGAUCAUGUCAAGGUGUGGAAGCCACUAGAUUUGCAAAAGCUUCAAUACCAUUUCAGAGAUUGUCAAACCAAGAGUGGAGAUGGAGAUUUCAUUAGAGUUAAUGGUGAAGUGAUUACUGGAGUAGGAGGAGAACUCAUGUUUUCUUCUCAAAUCAAGGAGAAACCACCAGAUGGACUCAGUCUACAUCAAUCUCCAAAUAAACCAACCCGAGGUAAUUAUCUAGAUUCAAAGAAACGAAUGAAGCCUGAUUUGCUUUCUAUUGGUACAGGACAAACAGUUUUGAGUGCUAUACUUUUCGAAAGGAGAGGCUAUAGUAAUGAUCAGAGUAUCAAGAAUGGAUCCUUGGCUAAAUUGGAGAUGCAACAAUCAAAUCUUGGAAGCUGUCUAGCCGCCAGCUUUGACAUAGGAGCAGUCCGAGGAUCAUAUCUCAGCAACCAGAAGGAAUUAAGCAACAAACUCAACUGCCAUGGAAACUUAACUCAUCAUGGUCUCACGUCGAAUUGGAAUCAUGUCCAAAGGUUCUCAAAUGAAAGAGUUAUGGGCUCUACAAGUCGGGUGAUUCUGUGUUUGCUUUGUCUGAACUUUUCUGAGUUUAGAACAUCUCAAUCCUAUCUAUGGCGACCAGGUGAGCAUGCUAAAGUAAAUAAUCAUGUUUUCAAAAGUUCUUUAUUUAAUUACACAGAUAUGAUGCACUUGUUUUUGUCAAAAGAGUCAUGUGCAGAUUAUAUGAAAGCUUCGAAGCAUACAAAGGGAAAGAACAAGCGUGAGGAAGACAAACGUUUCAAGCCGCCUGAUCUAAGCCAGGAGAGACAUCAGGACGUCAUUUGCUUCAUCCUCAUCAAAGAAGCACUUCCAGAUACAGCAUACAAGCCAAAACCGAGCAGAAACAAAUUUGGAAUAAGAUUAUUACUCUAUGAUAACUUUUCAUUUGCUAACUUGCAUUGUUUCAAUGUAUCAGGUUUGAAUAAUGAAUCUGGAACUAAAUGGAUAAAUGCCUUCUACAUAUCCGAACCAGUCAGCAAUAAUGCCUAUCAAAGAGGCUUGCAAGGUAAGUGUAAUCUGAUUAUAAACUCUGAUGUUACUGACUUGGUCCCUUCUAUUGCAGGUAAGAUAGAUUUGAGGACAAAUCCUUUUCAAGAGGGAGGGGAUGAUAUAAUCAUGGACCAGUCAAACAAAGAAGAUAAUGAGAGCGUGGAUGAUCCAGCUGAUGGAGGAGCUCUAGCCAUAUCUGAAGGUCCUAUGACUCGAGCCAGAAGCAAGCAACUCAAAGAAUCCAUUGGAGGAUUACUUAAGACAUCACUUAAGCAAGAAGAGAGUCUUAGAAGAAGUUUGAUCAACUAAGACACACUUACCACAAUUCAAGCCAUCUCAGCUCCAAGAUAGACAUCAAAUGAGCAAGUAACAUAUGUGUGCUCUUUUUCCCUAUCUUUGGUUUUGUCCCACUGGGUUUUCCAAAGAUAGGUUUUUAAUGAGGCCAUAUGUUGCUUUCCUAUCACUCAUUUGAUGAUCUCAGUUCAAGACUGUAAUUUAAUUAUUUAUCUUUGUUGACAUGAAGCAGAAUUAGGCUGCUAGACUUAAGAAUUAAGCUGCCAGACUUGAAAAUCCUUAUAAGGUUUUAUAAGGUUUAUUUUUAAGGCUCAUUUAGAGACCAAGGAGCAUGUUCCUUGCCUUCUCUAUAAAUAUGUGUCUGAAAACCCUAAUAGAACUAUCCAUCUUUUUAUCAAAAACCUUUGUUUUCUCUU